AUAUCUCGCCUCAAUCUAAAAAAAAACCGUUGAUUUCACGCGCAACAAUAUCUCGCCUCAGAACAGCAGAAACAAUGUCGGUAGCAUCAGCUGUGUGGGAUUUCUUCACUGUGUCAGAAAAAGAUCGCCGCUUAGCUAUUUGCAGGACAUGUUUAGCCGACAUUUCAAGAGGGGGUAAUACAUCAAAGGACUUCAACACCACAAAUUUGAAGUGUCAUUUAAAAAGCAGACACAUUGAUGGAUACAAUGAAUUCCUGAAAGCUGAUAAGAAGCGGACAGAUGCUAUGGCUAACAAGAAAAUUCAAUCCACCAGUCAUUAUAAAACUCAGUCAAUAGCAACAGCAUUUGAGAAAGGGAAUAAAUUCCCCACGGAUAGUGUCAAAGCAAAAAACCUCAACAAGAAAGUUAUGGAGUUCAUCGCAUUAGACGACCAGCCUUUCUCUGUUGUGGGGGAUGUGGGUUUUCGAGGCCUGGUGGAGUAUAUGGAGCCCCGCUACACACUGCCCAGUCGCCGUCAUUUGGCCGAAGUCUGUCUACCCGAAUUAUACAGCGUUGUGGCUGACCACAUUCAUCAUCUACUGUCUGGAGACGUCCCUGCCAUCAGUUUCACCACUGAUAUUUGGAGUUCAGACUGCAGCCCUGUGAGUAUGCUUAGCCUCACGGCACAGUGGAUCGACACAAAGUUUAACCUGGUGAAAGCAGUGCUACACUCCCAGGAGUUCACAGGCUCCCAUGCCGCAAAUGUUAUAUCAGAGACUUUUGAGAAAAUGUUUGAGACAUGGAAGAUACCAAAGUCCAAAGUCCAUGCUGUUGUAAGGGAUAAUGCCAGAAAUAUGGCGAAAGCGAUGAGAGACAGUAAGCUGACUAGCUUUGGUUGUAUGGCGCACUCUCUGCAACUAGGUAUACAUGAUGGCGUUCUGACCCAGCCCAGCGUCGCGAAAGCGUUGGCGAUAUGCCGAAAAAUAGUCGGCCACUUCAAGCAUUCGCCGCUUGCCUACUCGCGCCUUCAGGCUGUACAGACGAAGGUCAAAAGAUUACAGCAAGAUGUCCCCACUAGGUGGAACAGCACAUUUUUCAUGAUGGAAAGCCUUCUAGAACAAAAACAUGCACUAGCUGCAUAUGCCGCUGACCACGACCUCCCCGCAAACCUCACUGCGCAACACUGGGGAUUAAUUGAAAAUGUUAUCACUCUUCUCUCCCCAUUUGAACAACUGACACGAAAUAUCAGCUCAUCAGAGGCCUCGGUUGCUGACGUGAUCCCCUCGGUGAGAGCUCUGAGACGCCUUUUAAGCAAGGCUGCUGAUACAGACCAUGCCGUUAAAACAACAAAGACUGCAUUACUAGAGUCUGUGAACAAACGGUUCAGUGAGUACGAGUUUAAUGACACUUUCUUAAUUGCAACGUUACUGGACCCCCGCUAUAAGGACCGCUACUUUGAUGAGGAUGUUAAAGUACGAGCUCGAGCAGCACUUGACGCCCUGGUGAACACCUCUGCUGGGGAUGAGACGCAUACAGAGUCUACCGAUGAAGAUGACCACCCAACGAGUGACGGCCCACUGCAGAAGAGGCCACGAACAGACGAGGAACAAGGGGAACGGCCCAGUCUGCACGACAUGUUUGAGGAGAUUCUGCAGGAAAAGGGACCAGAAAUGCCAAGGACGAGGGUGUCAGAGCAGGUGGAUAGUUUCUUCGCAGAGGCCACCAUUCCCAGAAAUGAAGCUGCACUCAGAUAUUGGCAGGAACAUCACCAGCGUUUUCCAGCAUUGGCGCAAAUCGCCCGCAAAUACCUGAGUGCCCCAUGCACAAGCGUGGACAGUGAGCGGCUCUUCAGCACUGUGGCUCACGUUUUGGAUGAGAAGAGAAAUAGACUGGCCCCUGACAAGGCAGAGAUGCUCGUCUUUGUAAAGAAAAACAUGCAUCUUAUUAGGAAGUAGAGGCCCACUAUAAGGGAAGGCUUUUUUUUUGUGUCUAUUUAGUUUUGUUAAAGACUGAGGCCCAUGUUCAACUCCGCCAGCCUACUGCAAUGGAUACACAAGAAGGUGAAACUGUGAAAGAUAGCCCUAUUUGACUUUGUAUUUAUCUUAUUUUUCAUACUUAUUUAAUUGUAUGUUGCGUUUCUAGUCACUUUUACAUUAUUUAAGUGAAUUUGUUUAACAAAAUAUUUUUAUUGGGUUGUUAUUUAAUUUAACAAAUAUAAUAUAUUUACUGUAAGUACAGAAAGUCAUUUUUUUUGUCAUUGAGUAGGUAGUUGUAUGGCAGGCAGUUUUCACAGAAAAAUAUUUUUAUUUUAUUUGUUUUAAUCUUGAAUUUAUAUGGCAUUCCCUAAGGGUUUAUGCUAGUGUUUUGUAAGGCUGCAUUGCAAGCAUCUGUUUACAGUUAAGAUGAUGUCUUGAGUAAGCCUGGUGAUAUUAUAAUUAUAUUAAAUAAAGUUUAGUUAAACUAAA